UGUAGGAGACGUACCGGAAAAAUCUGACAGAAUGGCUUCAUCAAGCGCAACAAAACCCUUGAUGAAGGAUGAAGACACAGACAAACAGACUCUGGGUAGAAGAAGAAAUUCCAUGGAUGAUCGUCCAAACAUGUCCAUGACCAGGAUUGUGCUGGUGGGGAAAACAGGCGCUGGAAAAAGCUCUUCAGGAAACACCAUUCUGGGGAGGAAGGCUUUCAGAGAUGCCAAAUCUGGCUCUUCUGUGACAAAAGAGUGUUCCAAGGAGACAGAAGAGGUGGGAGGGAGACAGAUAAUGCUAGUGGACACCCCUGGCUUAUUCGAUACAAGCCACUCUGACAGUUACUUGAAGACAGAGAUCAGUAAAUGUAUCAACAUGACGUCACCUGGUCCCCAUGCAAUUGUAUUGGUCAUAAACAUGGGGCCUUUCACAGAAGAGGAACAGAACGCGGUAAAGAAAAUCAGGGCGCUGUUUGGAGAAGAAGCUGAAAGGUAUACCAUGAUCCUCUUCACCCAUGGAGAUGAGUUGGAUGAUGGCGGCAUUGAGCAGUAUGUCCAUGAAGCUCAGGAAGAUCUCAAGACACUUGUGGACCAGUGCGGUGGAAGGUACCAUGUUUUUGACAACACCAAGGUGGAUGACAGAGACCAAGUUGUGGAGCUCCUAGACAAAAUUGACCACAUGGUGGCCGUAAAUGGUGAAGACCACUACACCAACGACAUGUACAAGGAAGCGGAGAGAAACCUCACACUAAAAGAGGAGGAGUUGAAGACGCUUUAUGAGGAGAAAAUACAAGAGUUUGAGAGGGAAUUGCCACCCAAGUACCAACAAUUAGGCAAUAUGCUUUGGGACCAAAUGAAGGCACUAAAGAAGUCAAUGGAAGAAAUAAAAAAGGCCAUGAAUGACUUAUCAAAACAAGAUCAAAACAAAAUCUUGCGGAUCAUGGAACACAUGCGUCAUUUUAAAAGGAAGUUACGGGCUGUGAGGAGCGAGGCAGAGCAAACACAAGUGAAUGAAGACAUUUCUACAGAGGUUAAUAUCAAGUUAAAAGAUCUACAUGUCUGA